AUGGCGAACGACGAGGUGCUAGGGCCGCGCAAGACGAUGUUCGUUUUAGUGAUUGUUGUUGGAUGUUUCGCCGUCCUGUGGCCUAGGAUUCUCUCCCCGCUGAUCCUGGGCCACACGACUGAACAACUCAAGCCCAACCAGUUCGACCGGGACGCAGGCUGCUGUGAAGUAAUAUUUGAAACUGAUGUGGCCGUUCUGGAAUUGGUGAACGAGGUUUGCAAUUCAGCAUUGAAAGAUGGCAAGUUCUCCGCACAAUCAGCAAUAGAAUGUCGUAAGGCAGUGAACGACACAUGUGGCUUCGAUAUAGCCGCAUUUGUUAAACGUAAUGAAAAUGUGGGGAAAACGACGAAAAUGAUUAUCGAGAGUAUGAAAAAUAGUAACAGCUCAUGUCUAAGACAACAUUUUGGUGUCCCUGUGUACAGUAUGGGGAAUCACUUCGCUCUCAACUACUGGAAUCAAACAGACACGUUAAAGCAAGAGCGACCACCCAUCCGAAUGGCGCCACACCCGGCGUUACGUGAACGCGGCAGAGCCAUCCCCCCCGGCACCCCGCCUCCGUCCCGCCCAGUAACACUACCUCCUCACGUCAGGGUACGAUCACCACUCUCAGUAUACUACGAACUGGAUAUCAAGCCUCCCCCAAUACCGGGCAUGCGACCACCACUAGGAUCCCCCGGAGGACCGGUCCCGGCACCCAAGUCGUCCAUGGGAUUUGUCAUGCCUAUAUACACCAUAUGCAUCAUCGUGUUUUUCGUGUAUACUUUGAGCAAGAUUCUAUUUAAGCGCACCGGUUCGCCCUACGACCACGUCGCCCCCGACCCUCAGUUCCGCAGGCGAGUCUUCAGGGAUGAUUCGAGGACUUCACCAGAUAAAUUGGUUGUAUCGGCAAUAUCUGGUCUGGUAGCGGAGGUUCAACAGCAGAUGGAGGCGAGCUACAACCAAAAUCAGCAACGACAGGAGACGCUGGAUAACGCUCGCCCUUACACUAACGGUACAAUUCUAUUGAAUAGCGGCCCUGUUCAUAUAGUCACUAGCGAAUUUCGGGAAUCCAAAGAAAAAACUCCUGAACCACAAAAAGAAUCCUCACCUGAGAAAAUUGAAACUGAACUUGAUAAAUCCUCUGUAGAAAUUAAUGAAAGUGUUAAAGAGAAAGAACCGGGACCUAUAAUUGAUGAAGAGAAACCGGCAGGCAUAAUGGAAUUAAAUGCACAAGAUGAACAAGAAAUACUCUCAAAACAAAAAGAAGAAAAGACAGCAGUGGAACUAGAUGAAGAAGAAUCCACAGAAAUGCAAAAAACAGAUAACCAAAAAGAGGAAGAGCUGAAAGAAGCUGCAGCAGAAAUUGAACAAUCGCAAUUAAUCGAAACAAAUGCACAAAACGAAGAUGCAAUUAAAUCAACCGAAAAUAAAAAUGCCAAUACAGAGAAUAUUAAAUUAUUUGAAACAGCCAAUGAAGAUAAAGAAGAUCUUCUUGCUAAACUAGCAGAAGAGUUCUUAAAUGAAGAACGAAAAGAAGAGCAAAGGCAAAAGGAAACAACGCCAGAACUUCUCGAAGAGGCCAUUAAAGAAGAUUCACCUGAGGUGGAUGAUAAUGUAGAGGAAAAUCAGAGUGUAAAGGUAAUAGGCAUGGAGCUCACCGCGCACCCCGUCGAUGGUGGCGCCUACAAGCCGGAGCCGCCGCGUCCGCCGCAAGCCAAGCCGCACAAAGCUGAAGAUGUGAAGUCAAUAUACCUCGAGACGGAUAUCCCGCAGCAGUCGCGCGUGCUCAUCUCCAACUUCCAGCAGGACCAGGGCCGCGGCGACGUGAAGCCCGAGCCCAGCGACCGCUCUCCGCUGGUGGUGAGCGGUAAGAUUACGCUCUCGCUGAUACAAGACGCGCCGCGCGACACGCCUGAUAGAGACCUAGAAUCAACGUUGGACGAUUUCACAACAGCGAGCGGUCUGACUCAACCGGCCGCGGAAAAAGGAGAUGAUUUAUCUGAUGAAGAAGAAAUAGAAGAAAUCGAAGAAAUAGAGGAGAUUGAAGAAAUUGAGGAGGAGGUAGAAGAAGAAGAGGAAGAAGAAGAAGCAUUAGCCCCAAAGGCCGAAGUUAAGAAGAAU